UUAGUUUCGCAUCUGUGACAGAAACUGAGGCAUGAAUUGAAAGUGAAAGUAAAAUCAGCUGUUUCUGUUUAUGUCUGUAUGAAACCGAUUGUUAUGCUACGAGUAAACGGGAGCUGAAGUAUCUUGAAGAGGGUGAAUAUUUAGUCAGCUUACUUUGAUUUUCUAUAACCAAUGCGCAGUUUAAUUUCGAUUGUGUCAAAACAACAGGUUUCCAAAGAUACAACACCAAGAAGCGUUUGCAGUCGUAUAUGUCUGGAUGGGGAAGUAUUGGAGUAAAAUGGAUUAUUCACUAUACAAACGCUCUGUAUCAUUGGAUUAUGAAGUGAGAGGCCUUUUAAACUACAAUCUGUCCUGCUGUGUAAAUGCUUUGCUUCAAUCCUUUUCUGCCACCACUGAACUACUGGACAUACUGAACAAAUGGCAUCCAUCAAAUGGGAUUGAUCAGAGUAACGCCCCACUGCAGUUGAAGAAUACCCUGGAAGCCAUGAGGGACAAAUCAUAUCAUGCUCCACACAAAGACUUCCUCAACUGCCUCUACCGUCAAGCCAUCCGACGGUUCACUCAGCAGGAUGCAGAUGAACUUUUCCACAUCAUCCUCAAUCUCAGUCAGAAGCAGAUACCUGAUGCUGCUCUGGCUCAGGAAAUCUGCAGUCUCUAUGAAAUAAAGGUGGAGACCCAGGUGGGGUGUUUAAAUUGCAAAUUCAUCCAACGAAUGCCCAACUCUCUUUUCAGCCUUCCUUUGGCAAUCUGUGAAAGGGAAAACUCCUUGGAAAGCUGCAUCAACUCUUUUUUCCAGCUACAAAAUCUGGCGGACAGUGAGAAGGUUUACUGCGACAACUGUGAAAAAAAGCAGCCGUCCUCUUAUGUGUACUCUCCUUGA